UAACUGCUAUACACAGACUGAAAUAGUCCAGUUGUCUGACGAUUACUACUAUACACAGACUGAAAUAGUCCAGUUGUCUGACGAUAACUGCUAUACACAAACUGAAAUAGUCCAGUUGUCUGACGAUUACUACUAUAGACAGACUGAAAUAGUCCAGUUGUCUGACGAUUACUACUAUACAUAGACUGAAAUAGUCCAGUUGUCUGACGAUUACUACUAUACACAGACUGAAAUAGUCCAGUUGUCUGACGAUUACUUCUCUACACAAACUGAAAUAGUCCAGUUGUCUGACGAUUACUACUAUACACAGACUGAAAUAGUCCAGUUGUCUGACGAUCACUACCAUACACAAACUGAAAUAGUCCAGUUGUCUGACGAUUACUACUAUACACAGACUGAAAUAGUCCAGUUGUCUGACGAUUACUGCUAUACACAAACUGAAAUAGUCCAGUUGCCUGGCGAUUACUACUAUAUUCAGAUUGAAAUAGUCAAGUUGUCUGACGAUCACUACUAUACACAAACUGAAAUAGUCCAGUUGUCUGACGAUUACUACUAUAUACAGACUGAAAUAGUCCAGUUGUCUGACGAUUGCUACUAUACUCAGACUGAAAUAGUCCAGUUGUCUGACGAUUACUACUAUACACAGACUGAAAUAGUCCAGUUGUCUGACGAUUACUACUACUCGCAGACUGAAAUAGUCCAGUUGUCUGACGAUUACUACUAUAUACAGACUGAUUAUGUGCAUGCAGACCAACUACAAUUUUGUUAAUAAUGAUUAUAUGUUUAUGUUGAGGCCUGUCAUUUGUCUGUUGUCAAAUCCCUGAACUACCAUUAUUGUUACUCUCAAGUUAUAUAUUGUAUGUAUAUACAUUUAUUGAAUGUACAUUGUCACCAGCUGCAUCCUGCCCUACCCCGAGUCAGCCCGACCCUGUAUCAUCACCCUCCCCCCUCUCAUCUCAUAUUUUGUUAUAAUUGCUCAUUGCAAUACAACAUACAUCAGAGGUUAUCAUUUGUAUCUUUCCAUCUUUAAAAAGAUUCAAUAAAUUUGAUCUUAUCCAGAAUUUGUAUAUAAAAUCUUUUAUUGUUU